AUGACUCUUGCUACUUCAGAAACCUCGACUGCUGCUACUGGAAAAAUCCAUUCCACUCUAGCUUCAUCGACCCAUGCUAGCACUUUGAUUAAAUGCACUACCGAUAAACUCAAUGACUUGGAUGACAACCGCAUUGUCAACAUUCGUCCUCUGAUUCCUCCCCAGAUUCUUAUGGAAGACCUGCCAUUAACGGCUGAUGCCAACAUUACUGUUUCCAAGGCACGUAAAGAAGCCGAAUCAAUUCUAUCAGGAGAAGACGAUCGGCUGCUGGUUAUUGUAGGUCCGUGCUCCAUUCACGAUGUCACGGCUGCAAUAGAGUAUUCGCAGCUACUAAAGAAGUAUGCCAGCAACGGCUCUAGCAAGGAACUAUGUUUAAUCAUGAGAGUGUACUUUGAGAAACCUCGUACAACUGUUGGAUGGAAAGGGCUCAUCAAUGAUCCCGAUAUGAACAAUUCCUUUUCGAUUAACAAAGGACUACGUACUGCUCGUAAGCUUCUGUUGGAUUUGAACAGUAGCGGUGUUCCUGCUGCAGUAGAGUUUCUCGACACAAUCUCUCCCCAAUUCAUUGCAGAUUUGGUUUCGUGGGGUGCUAUUGGAGCUCGCACCACCGAGUCUCAAGUCCACAGAGAACUUGCAUCCGGUCUUUCAGUUCCUGUUGGUUUCAAAAAUGGCACAGAUGGCAACGUUCGUAUCGCCAUUGAUGCCAUUCGCGCAGCGUCUGCAGGCCAUCGCUUUCUUUCUGUCACUAAACAUGGUCUAUCGGCUAUUGUCGAAACGUCUGGAAAUACGUCUUGCCAUGUGAUUUUGCGUGGUAGUAGUGCUACUGGUCCAAAUUACAGCGAGGCAGAUGUGCUAUCGUGUGCUAAAGAUCUUUGCAAGGCUGGUGUCCGUCCUGCCAUCAUGAUUGACUGCUCUCACGGAAAUUCCGAAAAGAACCACAAAAAGCAAGCGGGUGUGGCUAUUGAAGUUGCCCGGCAGCUAUCUUCUUGCGAUUCCGGAUCUUCAAUUUGUGGUGUCAUGAUUGAGUCGCAUAUCAAAGAGGGAAGGCAGGAUGUGCCAAUAGAAUACGGCAUGUCAAUCACUGAUGCUUGCAUCAGUUGGGCCGACACUGUCAAGGUUUUGGAAAUCCUUCGACAGGGUGUUCGUGCCCGUCGUGAGCGACUUGCAUCUUCCCAUUUUUCUGCAUAA